UGGAGCUAGCGCAACGGGACGGGCGGGGCCGGGAAGUUUGUUCCUGAGUUCGGAGCCCAGGAGUCCCCGCGGCCGUCGCGCAGGUGCCCUCCGCCGGGGUCAGGAUGGAGCUGCCCGCCGUGAACUUGAAGGUUAUUCUCCUGGUUCACUGGCUGCUGACGACCUGGGGCUGCUUGGUGUUCUCAGGCUCCUAUGCCUGGAGCAACUUCACUAUCCUGGCCCUGGGCUUGUGGGCUGUGGCCCAGCGGGACUCUGUUGAUGCCAUAGGCAUGUUUCUUGGUGGCUUGGUUGUCACCAUCUUCCUGGACAUUAUCUACAUCAGCAUCUUCUACUCCAGUGUUACCAUUGGGGACACUGGCCGCUUCAGUGCAGGCAUGGCCAUCCUCAGUUUGCUGCUCAAGCCCUUCUCUUGCUGCCUUGUGUACCACAUGCACCGUGAACGAGGGGGUGAACUCCCACUCCGCCCCGAUUUCUUCGGACCUUCUCAGGAGCCUAGUGCCUACCAGACAAUUGACUCACCAGACUCGCCUGCGGACCCCUUGGCAAACCUGGAGAACAAAGGCCUAGCUGCUCCCCGGGGGUACUGAAGCUAUUCCCUGGCCUUCCUGGUGCCCAGCAGGAUGCUUGUCACCUCCAUUUCCUGGACAUACAAUGGAGCAUCUCCAUUCCCUACCACAGAGAUGACCUGAGUCAUGUGCCCUUGGAGGUCAAGAGCCCCUAGCUUCCCAGCUAAGAAGAGCCCAGUCCUAACUCUCCAGGCUGCUCCUCCCUUUAAGACCUGCCAACCCUGGGCUAGACCUGUGGUUGCUUUCUUCACCUCCUACCCCACAACAACACACUUCUGCCAAGCUCUGCAGAGUGCUGCAGGGCCAGCCAGGCCUUAAGGGCCAUGGUUGCUGCCUCUUGGGCUGCCCCAAGAUGGCUCAGCCCUUUCUAGAAGCUCUGGGAACUUCUGGUCCUCAGCCUGCCCUACAUGGGAGCUAAAACUCCAUGCCUGUCACUGCCUCGUGCCUUGGUGCCUGGGGAUCCCAGGCCUGGACACAGUAGGUCUGCAGAGGCCCCUCUCCAAGCCUGCCAUUAAAAUUCAGAGGUUCUGCAGCUGGA